UCUCUCGCUCUCUCUCUCUCUCUCUCUCUGAACAUGAAGCUCGUGGCUAGCGAGCGGCGUCGCGUCGACCCACCAAACGCGAGAGACCAAACGCCACGCAAAGUUGCAACGUAAACUGAAACUGCAGCACAAGACCCAUCUCUCUAUCUAUCUCGCUCGCUUGCAAUCAUUCUUGAUCUGGGCACGUUCUUGAAAUGCCUUCUGGGUCGGCGACGGGCGAGCUGGUUUCAUCUGAUCGUGCCUCCGCCUCCAUCGCCAUGGACAUUCAAACUGUAGAAGAGAGAUAUAUUAGUCGGUGCAGAGACCAUGGCGCCCUUCCUAAUCCUACACUAUUGUCCGGCUUCUUCAAGGCUGAGGUAAAAAAAACUCGCCACGAGUUAUGUACACUAGAGAUCAUGCUAGACCGUCUCAAGGAUAUAGAUUUCCAUCCACUGCUUGAUGUAGUGGUCGACAUUGAGGCAUCUGAAAUUGAAGCGGUUGACAUAUAUAAUAAAUCAUCUGGUGAAUUAAAGGGAGAGUAUGCUUUAUCGCUGAUUCGUGCCCUGAAUAAUAAACUUCGUGUGGUUGAUCUCCAGGAUUUCUCCUUGGGAAAGGACUUUUGCCGGGAUCUUUCAAGUAGAGGCUUGACAUGUGAAGUGUUAAACAUGAGGUCUUCCCAUUUUCGCAAGCUCAGUAUGGUGGGGAAGUUUAGUCGAAUACACACUUUGAAUUUGGAUUACAGCACUUCGCUAACUAGCUUCCAUAAAGAUUGUUUCGCUUGCAUGCCGAAUCUAAAGUUUCUGUCGAUGUGUGAGACAAGAAUUGCUAAUCUCUGGACAACUACUGCUGCGCUUUCCAAACUGCCUUCUUUGGUGGAGCUAAGGUUCCAAAGACGGUUAUAUUAUGAGGAUGUAGAAUCUUAUAUUGCGUCAUCAAGUGGCAAUGAAGAUGGCAGAGUUGGUCCCUUUCCAGAAGAACCAAUGAUUGAUAUUGCGACACUCGUAGAUCAGAAUUUAAUCUCAGAGACUAUGCUCAACAAUCUAAUGACAGUCGCUAAUGUGAUGGGCAAUCCUGAACUACAAAGGGAAGGGGAGGAGUCAUCAGAUGAUAGUGAGGUUGAUUUCUCAAGUCAGAGGCAAGAAUAUGGUUUCAUGCAUGAAUUAACCGCGGCAAUCAGCGAGUGGAGUGGGAGGGCCGAUGUGCAUGAUGAGGUUGAUUCUGGAGCAUCUCUCAGCCACAGUGAAGAAGAAUCUAUUGGUGCUUCAAGCACAAAUUCUUCUACAAAUAUUGCAUCGAGAUACAUUUCCUGUUGCUCUUCACCUAUAUGCUUCAAGAAACACUACAGAGAGUUCAUGAUAGCUUCUUUACCCCAUUUGAAAAUGCUCGAUGACUUGCCCAUUAGAAAGAAUGAGAGGGAACAGGCUGCUGCUACCUUUUCACAAUACUUUGAGCACCUCCCCUACAGAAGGAAAGCUAAAGAGAGUGUUCUUAGUAUCUUGCAAAACCGUGAAAUCAAAGAAAGUCGGAACCUGGCUCGCGCAAAUAAACAAAAGAAUGCAUAUCCUUCUGGAAAGUCUCAAUAUUUCUACACCAGGUCACUUUGUGCUGCCAGAGUAGGAUCUUGUCCUUGGCCUUCCUUGCAACCACUUUCUUGUUCUAGUUCAGGAGAUGAAGCUCUGAACUUUCGGCCAAGACAAUUCGAGUAUCAUCCUUCGGAUUCUUCCCUUAUGGUUUUUGGAACAUUAGAUGGUGAGGUGAUCAUUAUCAACCAUGAGAAUGGUAAAAUUGUCAGUUGCAUCCCAUCUUAUGGAGCGAUGAGUAGUGUAUUGGGACUCUGUUGGCUCAAGAAGCACCCCUCUCUGCUCAUUGCUGGUUCUGACAAUGGUUCACUAAAGCUGUAUGAUAUCCACCAACUACCUCCAAAUAAUUCAGGAACAUAUUCAGGCACUGGUUCUGUCACUUUUGAUGACUUUGAUCAGUUGACUUCAGUUCAUGUGAAUUCUGCGGAUGAGUUGCUUCUUGCUAGUGGAUACUCCAAAAAUGUUGCACUGUAUGAUAUCAACAGUGGAAGACGUCUUCAAGUAUUCACCAAUAUGCAUCAAGAACAUAUAAAUGUUGUAAAGUUUGCUAACCAUUCCCCAUCCCUUUUUGCUACUUCAUCGUUUGACCAUGAUGUCAAACUGUGGGAUUUGAGACAGAAACCUUUUCUUCCUUGCUACACUGCGACCAGUUCCAAAGGGAAUGUUAUGGUUUGCUUUUCUCCGGAUGAUCAUUAUCUUCUCGCAUCAGCUGUUGACAAUGAGGUUAAACAAUUUCGGGCUGCUGAUGGAAAGCUGCUUUUGGAUUUUGGAAUCAAUCCAACAGGAAGCUCCCAGAAUUAUACACGGUCGUACUACAUGAACAGCAGGGAUUACAUUAUCAGCGGGAGCUGCGAUGAGCAUGUUGUCCGUAUUUGCUGUGCGCAAACUGGAAGGCGUCUUAGAGACGUUUCCUUGGAGGGAAGAGGUUCAGGAUCUUCCAUGUUUGUGCAAUCUUUGAGGGGUGAUCCUCAUAGAGAUUUCAAUAUGAGCAUUUUAGCUGCCUAUAUGCGUCCAAGUUCAAAAUCAGAGAUUGUCAAGGUCAAUCUGCUAGCAUCUAGUGAUGAUACGAAGGAGUACUCUAACAGUCAGGAUGCUCCCGUAUCCAACAGCCUGGGGGGUUGAUGAUUCUUAAUUCGUAAAAAUUGUUGUAUAUUCUCCUACCUUCAGUAUGUGUAAAUAUGGAGUUACUGUGUUAACAUCGAAUGAUGAACUCAUUUAGCAAGCCUGUUGUGUUGUAAAUAAUUCACUGCAGGGCGAAGAAACUAUGUUUAUAGUGGAAGGUAUGGCGCGGGUGAUACAAAGUUGCUGUGUUAAACAUUGAAUGAUGAACUUGUUAAGUGCGUCUGUCGUGUUGUAAACAAUUCACAGCAUGGCAAAGAAACUUUGUUUUUAGUGAAA